AUGGAGAAGGACGUGGCCUCGCUGAAGGAACGUAACAGGAACAUUAAGGUUCUCUUCAGUUACGGUGGUGGAGCUCACAUUAACAGCUUGCUCAAACGGCUGCGCACCGAAAAAGAUCAAGAAAAGAUGAUAAAUACCAUCGACUCACUAGUAAAGCCCAAGAAAUUCGACGGCGUCAAUUUGCACUUGGAAGGACCGGGACCGUCGAUAUGCAACAGAGAGCACUUCGACAGAAUUCUCACGUUUAUUAAGAAAUUCCGGUUCAAGAUUAUGCACGUCGAUGACCUUCUGACAAUUCAACUUCCAGCCUGCCGCCCCAAGUGUGACGCUGUAUUGAAAACUAAACUUGCAAGGUACGUCGACUACAUAUUUCUCAUGACGUUCGAUUACAAGCUGGACGAUACUAAGAAGACGAAGCUUACGAGUGGACUCAAUCUGUGCGAAGGGGGACAGUACAGCAACGUUGGAACCAUGCCUUGCCUGAAACACUGGGUCGACGCUGGGGUUCCCAGAUACAAGCUAGUGGCGGGUAUAGCCACGUACAGCCGUACGUUCACACUAGGCGAUCCGAGCAGCAACAACGUCGGCGCCGCCCUCCAGCCUGAUCAACCACUCGGCGAUCCUGGUAACUUCACUAAAACGGUUGGUUACAUGAAUUAUGUGGAGGCCUGUCGAAGAUUGAAAUACACCAACGAGUGGACUCGGAGAUGGGUGCACUCGGCAGGUAUGGCCUACCUGUACAAAGGAGAUCAGUGGAUCAGCUAUGAAGACGAAAAGAGCGCCGACGCAAAAGCCAGGUGGUUCCGGUCCCAAGGAAUGGGCGGCGUAUUCGUGUGGUCGCUGGACACGGACGACUACUCCGGCGACUGUAUGGGCGACCUCUUCCCCCUUGUGACCAGCGUGCACCACGCACUCGUGGGAUACCGCCCCGUCAUGGACAACCUGCACGUGCGUGCCGAGUGA